CAGAUACUGUAUGCGAGAGUAAUAAUUACUGAAGUUGACAGUUACUUACAACAUGCUUAAAAUGUAAUGAGCUCUCUUAAGACUUUUAGCUACUAUUAAAAACCCCCUAUUUAUACAAGUAGGAUGCCUGGCAAUGUCCUCUUCAUAGUAUUUAUGAUUCUAUGCUUCACUAAAUCACAACUUGCAUUCAUUCGUCAUGUAAAGAGGUUGUUUUCCUGGCUCAGUGGAAGCUCUACACAGCAAAGAGGAUGUACAAUCGAUUUACAUGAGGACCUUUCUGACAGUUUUGAACCAGUAUUUCUCACUUAUGGGAAGCAUGGAACGGAAAUGGCAAAACCUUCACUAAUAGAAAAUCGAGGAGUAAUACAACUUAAGAAAGGCCAGGAUAUAAUAAUCGCAUGUCCUGGAAAAUUCAAUAGACUGAACGUGGGGAAUGACCUGAGGUACACAAUAUCACAGUGUGUGGAGGGGAGCAGACUGAUGGUGGGGGGGAGGGAGAUGAGAGCUUUGGACAUACAGUGUGUCAGUCCAGUGACAUCAUCUGUGAGACUGACUGAUAGACGAUGUGGACAGACCAAUGCAGCCAUGGUGGAAAUCGGCUAUGAGAUAUUUGGCUGGCAUCGUCUGAUUUCCUCUUGCUACAUUGCCAGUCGGCUCACUUCACUUUACUCCAUCCACUUCCUCAAUGGUUCCAUACUUGCAGGAGCCAAACGCUCAAGUAAUGGCCGCCCUUACUUCCAGCAUGGCUCACACGUCUUGUACGAAGGGGUGAAUCCUGAGCCACUUUAUAGAAAGCAAAACCAAGACCGAAUUUUGACAUUGUUGCUUGGGGAACUAAAGGCAAGAUACAUUCUCCGCAAAACUUUCCUGUCAAGAGGUCACCUGGCUCCUGACUGUGACUUUACUCUGGGAGCUUGGCAAGCUGCAACUUACUUCUAUGUCAACUCCGCACCCCAGUGGCAGAGUAUAAACUGUGGUAACUGGAGACGAGUGGAGAACCAGAUACGAGCUCUUGCAAUAAUUGAAAAGAUUGAUUUCAUCGUUACAACUGGCACAUAUGGAAUAUUAAAGCUCUUAGAUGCCAAUGGAACAUACAAGAAUAUAUUUAUGGAUCCAGAAAAUAAAAAGUUGCCAGUGCCAAAUUUCUUUUGGAAAAUGGUUUACAACCCUUUAACAAGUGCUGGGAUAGUGUUUAUAAUAAGUAACAAUCCAUUCCUUCGCCGAUCACCCAAGUACGUUUGUAAAGACGUUUGUUACGCUCACGGCUGGACUCAGCCUUUUGAAACAAACAGUGGCCACAAAGGAUACGUCUACUGCUGCAGUAUAUCACAUUUUAGGAAUGUCGUUGAAUAUGCUCCUGAUUUCCACAGUAAAUAUAUUUUAACAUUUUUGGGGAAAAACAUAACCAAAGAUGAAACUAAAAGAAAAAGAUCGAUAGGAAGAUGACAUUUACAAAUAAAUCUCCUUAAAAGACUGAGUUCCCCUAGAUCAACUGAUACAACUAUAUCAAAUUAUUUUGCACAGCUGAAACUAACAAAAAUCUCCUUUUUGCGUACAGAUAAAAAAAUAUUGUCAGUUUAUGAAAUAACAAUUAGCCCUAAAAUAUUUGAGUUGUGUGUUUAAAUUAGUACUUCAUGUUUAGAUAUACUUAUUGGAUAGGUUAGUACCCAAGUUUUUCCCCAACAGACAGUAUUUUUUAUAUCUUACUUAAAAAACAAAAAAAUGCAUCACAAUAAUUUUCAAUAAAAACAAACUUGAAAGAAUUUAAA